GCGUUCGAUUAGUUUGUUUGCUCCACGUGUUUCAUUUGAGCAAGAAUUUUUCAUCCGAAAAGAAAAAUAUUAAUUAAAUCAACAAAAACAAGGAAAACAAAACAAUGGAAUAUAUUCCGAUGAAUCAGGAAACACCAACAAAAAUACUUUGUUGUGAAUGUGGAACAUUAAUCGAUCCAAAUCCAUCGAAUACAUGUAUAUCAUGUUUACGUUCAAAAAUCGAUAUCACCGAAGGUAUACCGAAAGAAAUGAUUGUUUAUUUUUGUAAAAAAUGUGAACGUUAUCAACAAGCAAUGGGACAAUGGAUAGUUGCCGAACUGGAAUCACGUGAAUUAAUGUCAUUAUUGUUGAAAAAAUUGAAGAAUCUGAAUCGUGUACAUUUGGUGGAUGCAAAUUUUAUAUGGACUGAACCACAUUCAAAACGUUUAAAAAUCAAACUAACCGUACAGAAAGAAGUUCAAGGUGGUGCAAUUCUACAACAAAUAUUCAUUGUUGAAUAUUCAGUUCAUUCAUCAAUGUGUGAUCAAUGUCAUCGUAUUGAAGCAAAAGAUUUUUGGAAAGCAGUCGUUCAAGUACGACAAAAAGUAACACAUAAAAAAACAUUUUAUUAUCUGGAACAAUUAUUAUUGAAAUAUAAAGCACAUGACCGAUGUGUUAAUGUUAAACAAAUACAUGAAGGUAUCGAUUUUUUCUAUGAUAAACGUGAUGAUGCAAAAAAAUUGGUUGAUUUUCUUCAAUCAAUGGUCCCGUGUCGUUAUACAACAUCCAAACAAUUAAUAUCACAUGAUACACAUAAUAAUACUUAUAAUUAUAAAUAUACAUUUGCUGUUGAAAUUGUACCAAUAUGUAAAGAUGAUGUUGUUUGUUUGCCAUUAGCAACAGCAAGACAAUUGGGUAAUAUUGGCCAGAUUUGUGUUGUAUUACGUGUAACCAAUUUGAUUACUGUAAUCGAUCCAUUUACAUUGAAUGUUGCCGAAAUGAAUGCUACCACUUAUUUUCGGGCACCAUUUCGUUCAAUUUGUUAUUCAAAUAAAUUGAUUGAAUAUACCAUUAUGGAAAUGGAUAUGAUUGCAAAUGCUAAUAAUGGUGGUGGUGGUGGUGCCAACUUUCGCCAAUCACAAAAGCAUGAAUUAGCCGAUGCAUAUUUGGUAAAAUCAUCCGAAAUUGGCAGUUCAGCACAGAUACAUACACGUACACAUCUUGGUCAUCUUUUACAUCCAGGUGAUUUAAUUCUUGGUUUCGAUCUAAGUACAGCAAAUUUAAAUGAACCAAAUUGGGAACUAUAUGAACAAUCACAUCAAGAUAAAAUACCGGAUGUUAUUAUUGUUAAAAAAUAUUAUGGUGAUCGUAAUGAACGUAAAAGACGUCGUCGUUGGCGUUUAAGAAAAUUUCUAAACGAUGCUGAAACUGCUAGCCAAAUAAGUUCGAAUAAUAAUAAUCGUAUGGAUGAUGAUUAUAUUGAAUUUAUGGAAGAUCUUGAAGAAGAUGAUAUUAUAAGACGUCAUAUUAAUAUUUAUAAAGAUAAACGUAAAAUUGAUUCGGAAAUGGCAGUUGAAAAUGAUGAUGAUGUUCCGGAAAUUUCUUUACAAGAAAUGUUAGAUGAUUUAAAUAUUGGUGAUUGAAAGAAAUUAUAUGUUUAUUUUAUAUGUUGCUUUAAAUCGAUAAUCAAUAAAUUUUAUUAUUAUUAUUUUGAUUGA